AUGGAAGACGAUCCGUUUUUAGCACGUUACACUUACGAUUUAUCUCCAGAAUUAAUCACCUGUUUGAACGACAAACCUCCACUCGAAGAGGAAACUGUUCUAGAAUGGCCCGAGCUGGGCAAACUUAUAUUCAAAAAACCAAAACUAACUUUGGUCGAAGACCGUCGCGUCAAGGCGUUGGAAGAAACUCGACCGUUUGCCAAGCUGCCCGAAGUACCUGUAGUUGUGGACAGUGUUAAAAAAUUGGUUUUGCACAAGCAACUUGCAUCAAAUUUGAAAAACGUCACUAAAUUCCAAUUAGAACUGUUGUCAAUAAUUACUAAGUACCAUGAUUUCAGUUACACAGAAAGAAAUUUUGAUAACGCUGAAGAAUUGCGGUAUUGUUACUGUAUUCAUGCCAUUAAUCAUGUACUUAAGAGUCGAGACAUUGUUGUUGAAAAUAACGAUAAACAAGAUGGCGAUGAAGAUGAGUUGCGUGAUCAGGGUCUUACCAGACCAAAAGUAUUAAUUUUAGUCCCGUUUAAAGAUUCGGCAUAUCGAAUUAUAAACAUGAUGAUAUCUCUUUUGUCUCCCAAAGAAAAUUUCAAUGUAGUGCAUAAAAACAGAUUUGUAGAAGAAUUCACCGGUGGUGAAUUGACGUUACCUAGAAAAAAUCCUAAACCAGAAGACUUUGAGAAAACAUUUGUCGGAAACGUUGAUGAUGCAUUUAGAAUUGGCAUGGCAGUCACUAAAAGUAGUUUGAAAUUGUACGAAAAUUUUUAUAACUCUGACAUAAUAAUAGCAUCACCACUUGGCUUGCGUAUGAUUAUUGGUGCUGAAGGAGAGUCAUCUAGAGAUUACGAUUUUCUGUCAUCUGUGGAAGUGCUGAUGUUUGAUCAGUCUGAAAUAUUUUUGAUGCAAAAUUGGGACCAUGUGUUACACAUCAUGAAUCAUUUUCACCUACAGCCAAAGGAGGCACAUGGUACAGAUUUACAGAGAGUGCGUAACUGGUCAAUCAACGGCUUGUCUAAACAUUAUCGACAAACAAUAUUAUUCUCAUCUUGUAAAUUACCUAAUUUGAUGGCCAUAUUAAAGAAUAGAUGUACAAGUUAUGGUGGCUCAGUCAGCGUAGUGAAUCCAAUCGUAACCGGUACUAUAAGCCAUGUCGUUUGCAGUCUUAAACAAUUUUACCAUAAACUGAAUUCAAAAACGCCAACUGAAUCUAUUAAACAGAGAUUUGAAUAUUUUAUAAAUAAAAUACUUACCCAACUUCAAGCCUCAAGUGAAAAACAUGUGUUAGUCUAUGUUCCUUCUUAUUUUGAUUUUGUGUGUAUUAGAAAUUAUUUGAAAACGGAAGAUUACAGUUUUGUACAAAUUAGUGAGUACACCAAACCAGGAAAAGUGGCCAGAGCUCGAGAUUUGUUUUAUCAUGGCGAAUGUCAAAUUCUGCUGUAUUCUGAGCGUUUUCAUUUUUAUAACAGAACUAAAAUUCGUGGUAUUGAAAACAUUAUUUUUUAUCAACUACCCACGAUCGCCGGGUUCUACAGUGAGCUUUGUAAUUCAAUCAUAGACAACGAUGGCUGUACACGAAACAUUACAGCACUCUACUCGCAUUAUGACGCGUGUGUGUUGACUUCAAUAGUUGGAACUCAAAGAGCUAAAUACAUGUUGACUUCAGAGCAAAAAAUACAUAUGUUCCAUUCAGGCACAUAA